AUGGAACGCACAGCUGACAACGCCGCUCCCCUGGAGCAGACCGUCGCUCAGGAAGAGGUGCGUGCGUCGAAACCUCAAGUGAUGGACGAGAACUCGGCUGAAGCGGCCAACAAACAGGAAGCCGCCCAGAGUGUCCAGGACGUCUCUGCGAAUGAUAUUCAAAAGUUCCUUGCUGACCAGUCGCCCGCCAGCGCCAAGAGACUCAUCUUCUCGGCCACCAAGACGACGACGACGCGAACCAUGUCCAAGACCGUCAGCGAGUCUGUGUCUCACAAACAAACCAAGGAGGUUUUCACUGCCGCCAACAUGGCGCACAUGGGUUGGAAAGCGAGCAAGGAGGCGUUCCUGGCGCACAGCUCGUCCUUCGCUUCGCAAAACGACGCAACCGAGACCGAGAUCGCUCGUUUCGUCCCCUCCGUCCAAGUCGUGGACUUGCCGCUCGACUUGGUCUACACCGUCCCCGAGGUGAAGACUCGCAUGGUGAACUACACCUUUGAGUGCCCCGCGCGCGGCUACUCGCGCCUCGUCCCCCGCGCCUUCCCUGUGGACACGCCUUUCAUCGUGCCCCAGUACGAAGACGUGCGCGUUCCGGUCGUCAUGUCGCAAACCUUCGUCCCGGAACUGCAGGAAACGUCCAAGGUUGUUCAGGUUCCAGUCGCGCGCUACGUCCCGAAGCUCGUCCCCGUCGACGUCUUUGUCCCUCGCCCUGUGGCGAUCCCGAUCAAGGCUGGGGAGGUGACGCAAGUGACCAAGAACACGGUCAUCAGCGAGGACCUGAUGCACCAGCUCAGCGUGGAAAUGAACCCGCACCUCCAGGCUCUCAACAAAUUCAAUGCCCAACAGGCCCAGGCCAUGGACAGCUUGGUCAACAAGGCGAACGAACUGGCAACCCAAAUGGACUGUCCGCCCCCGGCUCCGGAGAGGAUCGAGGUGAACGAGAAGGCCUGCGGCGUCAUUCCAGUUGUGGACGAACAAGGCAACAAACAGCUGAAGAUCGAUCUGGGUGGCAAAGACCCGCGCUCCGUGGAGAUGGUCUUCAAGCGCCUCCACGACGACGCAGACACCUCGAAGAGCGUCGAGGAGACUGUUCAGCUGACGGAAGACAUCAUUCUCUGUGUGCAUCGCGAUUUGAACGGCGGCCGCCUAGACACCUUCCCUUCGGGCAACGCGGGGAUCCCGAUGAUCUUCCGCGCUCCCGAUGAGAAGCAAGGCUUCAGUGCGUGCCCAGGCAGCAACGGUCUGCCUGAGCCCGCGCCGCUGCGCAGCCUGACCAACGACAUGUCUCUCGUGAGCGCGUCCGCCGAGGCGCAGAACGACUCUUCGGCCACCACGACUGGCGAGUCGGUGCCUGCCGCCCUCGGUGCCGAGGAGGCGACAACUGCUGUUCCCAUCGCUGCCUAA